GGUGGCUUCUCUUGGAGAGCAGAGAUUUGAGCUCUGAGUUGGGAAGCCCUGCUGUACCUUUGCAUGGUCAUGGACCAGUUCAAGGCAAUCCUGCCCCAGGUGAGGGCACUGCUCUCCAGUGCUUGGCCUGCCCAGGUACAGGGCUUUCUAGAUGGUCUUCUGGAAAAGGACCUCCUCUCCAAAGAGUACCACCAGGCUCUGCUCCAAGAACCUGAUAGAGAAGCACUGGCCAGGAAGGUUUCCUUGUCCCUGUUGGAGAAGUGGGAUCUAUGCAUAGGAACCUUGAUCCAGUGUGUGAGAUGCUCUGGGCACAAGCUCCAGACUCCAGGGAUGGAUGGCGUCUCCUCAAGGAGCCGAGCUACCGAUCAGUGUGCAGCCAUGGAAUCUGGGCCAUUGGCAGAAGGAAGCUACCUGGGGCUGCUCCAAAGUGACGUCAACCCCCUACAACUUUUGCAUUUUUAUGAUCAGCCCCUGACAGCAGAAGAAGAGACUGAGUACUCUUCAGAUCCUGAUGCUGACACAAUCAACUGUGAUCAGGUCAACAGGUUAUGGAAUGCCAUAGAAGAUGAGGGGACAGGAGAGGCCUAUGAAAGGAUAGCGGCACUGGUAGAAUACAUGUUCUCAGAUCGAAACCCAGAGAAAGAAGGCAUUUUUGGCAACAUUGGCCCAGAUGAGGUGGUCAACGAGAAUAUAGAUGCAUUGACUGAGAUACCCCAGAAAUCACAGAAAUGUCAGAAAAGAUUGUUUCUGGAUAACCCUGAGCCUCAGUCAGACAGUUGGGAGGCCAAACGCAGAAAACCAGAGGCAUCCCCAGCUAUUCCAUUGGUAACCAGCAAUUUAAGGACAGUGUCUUCCAGCAACAACUUGGCCUUGAAGGGCUCUCUGUCUCCUCUCCCAGGCCAGGUUGCCAAGCCUAGCCUACUCCCCAUGGAAGAAACCUUCCUGGUGCCCAUGUCCUCAGCCAGUCCUGUUCUUGCCUGCCUGAACUUCAAUGGGGGACCCAUCCAACUCAUCCCCACCUUCCCUACUCUGCCCCAAGGUGUCUUCCACUUCACCGUGGAAAACGGGGUCUCCAACAUCUUCUUAUACCCAGCUGGCUCACUUAAGACCACUUUUGAUUCACAAGCUUCAUCAGGGGGUGAUGCCAUCACACAGAGCCUCCCAGUAUCCCCUGACAGGCAUGGCUCCACCAGUCCAUUUACGCCAUCAGCAGCAGAUAUGCCCAACAUGCCUGAGGCCUCAGCUCUAACCUCACAAGACAGAAAAACAGAAUCUGUGGAACGGUUCUGUCGUGCUCUCCAGAAGGCUUAUGAGGAUGUUCCAGAAGGUCCCAACAGCCAUUAUAUUGAUCUAGACCUCACAAGAACACAGGUGGAGAAAAACAGCAAGAAUCAGGAGAAAGAAUUGGUAAUCCAGGACUGGACAGAGAGACAGAAGGCCCGUGUGGGAUGGAGAGAGGUGUUUGCCAGCACCAGAGGGCAAAAGAGGGAGACACGGGUGAUUGCAGUACUGGGCAAGGCUGGUCUGGGCAAAAGUGCCUGGACCCAGCAGGUCUGUAAGAACUGGGCCCGGGGCCAGCUUCCCCAAUAUGAAUUUGUCUUUCACUACAAAUGCUGCAGACUGAACUUGCCAGGGAACGACUACUGUUUGAAGGACCUGUUUUUCAGACUCUACAAUCACCCAUUGGAAGAAAGUGAGGAAGUCUUCAAAUAUAUUUUGAAGCACCCAAAUCGCAUUCUGGUCAUUCUGGACUCCUUUGAGGAGCUGGAGGGGCAAGAUGGCUUUCUGAAUUGUCCAUCCAGUCCCUCUCCUGGGGAGUCACGGCCCAUCAAAGGGCUGCUGGCUGGCCUCUUCCAAAGGAAGCUCCUGAGGGGCUGCACCUUGCUGAUCACAGCCAGGCCAAAAGGAAGGUUUACCCAGUACUUGGCCAAGGUAGACAGCCUCCUGGAGGUGCAGGGUUUCUCUCCUGAGCAGGUGGAGUCUUACUUUGAAAAGUACUUCCAGGGUUCACCAUCAGACAGGGGUGAGGCCUUGAGGCUUGUCCGGGCCCAGCCCUACCUGCUCAGUCACUGCUAUAGCCCUGCCGUGUGCCUCUCCCUCUGCCGGCUUUGUGAGAAGAUCCUGACCAGAAAGGAUCCGGCCCAACUUCCCUCCACACUCACAGGCCUCUUUGUCAGCCUCCUCUGCUCAGGACUGAGAGCCAGGGAAAGGGGCCCAUCUGAAACCUGGCCCAGGAACUGCCUGGCAGGCUUGGCAGAGUUGGCAUGGGAACUAGGCCAGAGACAUUGCAAUGUCCUGAGAGAGGAUCAGCUCCCCUCCACAGAAAUGAAGGAAUUUGCCAUUUUGGGGGACUUUGUGUCGCCAUUCCCAACAACCAGGGAACCAGAGAUGGCCUUUCUCCUGCAGAACUUCCUAGGAGCUUUGAGGCUGGCUCUGAGUGAGGAAGUAAGGGACAAAGAACUCCCAAGGUACCUAGCCCUGACCCCUAGGAAGAAGAAACCCUAUGACAACUGGCUGGAACGGGUGCCCCACUUCCUGACGGGGCUUCUCUUCCAGCCCCUGUCCUCGUGCCUUGGGCCCCUUGGUGGGAAUGAGCAGCUUGGGCUCAUAUGCAAGAGGCAGAAGGCAAUCUUGAACUAUCUGACCCGACUACAGCCUGGGACGCUGGGGCCUGGGAGGCUCCUUGAACUCUUGCACUGUGCCCAUGAAGCAACUGACAACCACCUAUGGCAGCAUGUAACAGCUGGGCUACCCUGCUGCCUCGCCUUCCAGGGAGUACGCCUGGCCCCACCAGACGUGUAUGUUUUGGGUGAAGCCCUGAAAGCAGCUGGCAAAGACUUCUCCCUGGAUCUCAGGAACACCUCCAUUGACCUGCACGGUCUAAGGAUCCUUGUCCAACUUGGCUGUGUCACCUGUUUCAGGGCAUCUCUAAGUGACACAGUGUGGCUGUGGGAAUCCCUUCGGCAGAGUGGGGAAUAUGAACUAUUCCGAAGUUCCACUGAGAAGUUCACCAUUGAUCCUUUCAAGGUCAAGUCCAUGAAGGAUGUGGAGGACCUUUGUAGCCUGGUGAAUAUCCAAGGCUCAGGAAAUGACCCUAUAGAGGCCUGUGACCCUCUUCCUGCCAUCAGAGACCUGAAGAAUCUUGAGUUUGCGCUGGGCCCAGUGUUGGGUCCCCAGAGCUUUCCAAAAUUGGUUAAGAUACUUGCAGCUUUUUCAUCUCUUCAGCAUUUGGACCUGGACACCCUGAAUGGGAACAAGAUUGGGGAUGAAGGUGUAUCUCAGCUCUCUGCCAUCUUUCCAGAGCUGAAGGCUUUGGAAACCCUGAACUUGUCUCAGAAUAGCAUCACUGAUGUGGGAGCUAUGGAGUUGGCCAAGGCUCUACCAACACUGGCUACAUCCCUUGUUACACUGAGCUUGUACAACAACUGUAUCUGUGAUACUGGAGCCGAGAACCUCGCUAGCGUGCUUCCCAACAUGGUGUCCCUGAGGGUGCUGGAUGUUAAGUACAACAAGUUCACAAGGGCAGGAGCCCAGCAGCUCACAGCCAGUCUGAAGAAAUGUCCACAUAUUGAGACACUGGCGAUGUGGAACCCCACCAUUCCUUAUGGUGUUCAGGAACAUUUACAACAACUGGACUCCCGAAUAAGCUUGCGGUAACAGCGUAUUGAUUGUUCAAAAAGGUACUAAGUCCAGAAGCCUUUCUGGGAUUCUCAGGCUUCAUCUAUCCAUCCAUCAGACCUUCAGCUCAGGGACCCAAAUCUCUACCGGAAGAGUCUAACUUGGUUGCCGUCUUGGUUUGUAUCCAGACAUCUCAGACUGGAUAAUGUUCCUCCUGAUUUCCUGCCAACAUAAGGCCUCUUGGCUUGGCAAAAAGUCAUCAGACCAGCAUCAGGGUGACAAUGAAACACAGCUCCUGACUCUCUCUGAUGUAUUCAUUUGAUCUGGAAGGUGAACUAAAGGUGGCAGCAUUUCCUCUUUCCUUCAGCUACCCAGGAGGCAGAGGAGGGAGGUGAGAGAAAGAGGCACUCCCUGCCUGCUUCCACGAAACUAUGGAUUUUGGCUGUCUAAUUCUCAAAGAUGCAGAGAAGCUGGUUGCACUGUGGUAACUGCACUUUGACUGUUGGACAUGCCAUUUUGCACUGACUUUCCUAGCUGAAGAGUUUCAAGGCAGAGAACUGGAAGCUAAUGCUGGGAUAACCAAGAAACACUUGAGUAAUGAAGCAUUAUAGGUAACAUUAGUAGUAGUUGCCCUGUGUAAAUGUUACACUAAUUGGGGGAUGGGUUAAGUAUUUUUUAAGGGGGAUGGCUGAUAGUAUUUCGUCUGUAACCAAAUCCACUAUUUUUCAAUCAGGAAGGAAAGCACAGGGAUGGAAGGAUGGAAGUGGGAAAUGAGGAUCUCAUCUCAGGACAACUGGAGCAAGGAGGGAUAAAGGAAUUCUUAGGAACGAGGUUGGAGGGUCAAGUAAGAAAGGGCAUUUCUCAGUGUAACUCACAGGAUAAGCAGCUGAGUGUCAUCUGACACACCUGAAUGGAGAAGUGAAAAAAUCUUUUUUCUGACCUGAAAGAGGGGAAAUUCCUAAUUCUUCUACCAGCUCUUUGACAGGAUGCUGGGACAAGCAUCCUCCACGUAUCUCCAUUGCCCAGACUGAGGAAAGUGGGGAUCUCUGAGGAAAAGAGAGUGUGGCAGCUGUGUCUGAUUUCCUCUUUAACAUUGCUGGACUGGAUGCUAAUCUAGGGCUGAUUUUUCCUUUGCCAAGUGAUAAGAUGGCAAAGAGAGAAUAAUAUUCUCUUUGUGCCAUGGGGACCCUGAAGCUGCUCUGAGAGUAAACUACAUCUACACUGGAAACAAAGUGUUUUCUUGAUAGAUCUCAGGUCCAGGAGCAUUUUUGGGAUUCUCAGGCCCCAUCCAUUCAUCAGGCCUUCCGCUCAGGGACCCAAAUCCAUUUUGGUAGAAUCCAACUUGGCUGCCAUCUUGGUUUGUGUCCAAGCAUCUCAGUCUGAUCAACUGGGGAAUGGUUGAACAAAUUCUGAUAUAUGAUUGUAAUAGAAUAUUGUGACAAAGAAAUGAUGGAUAUGAGAAAUAUGGGAAAACAUAAGAACUGAAGUAGAAUGAAAUAAACAUAAGCAGGGAAACAAUAUGCAGUACUACAAUAAAGGAAAAGAAUAAUAAAAUGAAACUGAAUGCUGUGUGAUAAUAAUGACGAAUCUUGGCCCCAGAAAAGACAUCAGAAAAUGUGCCUCCUUUCAUUAAAAGAUAGGAGAAUA